AAAUGCACGAUGCCGCGCCAGGAAGACUGUGCGAUUCUGUCGGAAAAUAAGGACCGUGAAGACUCGAUUACGGAUCGUAAUCAUGGAUGUCUAUGCGUCCAGGGUAAUUUUGAAGAAUUGAAAAACGAGGAAUGCGAUGAGGAUGGACAAAAUGAUUUCAACAUUAUUAACACGCGAAAAUGGCAAGUCACGUUGACCACGAAGGACUGCGCUAUUAAAAAACAUUGUCAAGGUUGGCAGAUUUAUCCGAACGAUCCGAAAGUCGCCGAUGAAGAGUCGCUGUUAAUUUUGAGACUCGCCGAUUCGAAUAUGAACUCCCAAGCGAUUAUGGACUCCGAGACUGUGAAAACCGCGAAUGCCGAGAUUCUCUGCAAUCGCGACGAUCUAAACGAUCUUCUGAAGGACGAGGAAAAGGAAAACGAAUUCGGUCACGGCAAGAUCCUCCUGAGGGAAUAUUUGAAACUUCUGACCAGCGAACAAGCGAAGAUCACUUUUAUCUUGAAAAUGCUGACCAAGGCGGUGAACGAGCAUAAAAUUUUUGUGAUCUACGGCACGUUCCCGGUACUAAGGAAGCCUCUGGGUAGAAGAGGGUGGAUCGAAAAGAGAUCCAUCAGGAGGAUGCUUUCGAUGUCCCCGGAAAUGUCCGAAGCUGGUCUGGAAACGAUCGAGAAACUACUACGUUGCCCCGCGGACUUCGUAUGGUAUACCACUAAAAGAGCAGCCGUAAAAACAGAUGAAAAGACAAUAGUUAAUAAAUUUUCUGGGUGCUACUUUACGUCGAAGGUUGACAUGUGCAAUAAUUUGGAGAAUGUUUCCUGGUUUUACGAAGCUGGCGUGUCAAACAUACAAUUUCCUCGGUGUUACAAUGUUUAUCAGCCAGCACAGGUCGAGGAAUUCGUACAGGAUUUUUACAUAACAGCCUGCAUGGGAAUCCUCAAAUGGUUCUUGUAUUUGGCGAGUGUAGCCGGACCGAACGCCACGUGGUCUCCGAAUGGCACUGUGCCCAUAUGCGCUAUUUUAUUUGCUCUCGAACGAUGCACGGAUUAUAUAAGUGUCUGCUCGCACGAAGACAUCGACAGGCGAGAUCGCGUAGCCGUGUCGACUUCCGAAUGGAAUCAUUUUCUAACAUGGUACGAACAAUUCUUGCACAAACGCGAGGUAUUGCAGAAAACCGAUGGAAUAGACAUCCAGGAACUCGUUCCGUAUACGGCGAAUAUGCUUACGGAUAUGAUACAGUGCCGACCUCAGAGUCGCAUCGACGGGAUGAGGAAUGUCUGGAUCCUGAAGCCAGGCGAUAAAAGUUUGGGAAGAGGUAUUGUCCUCAAGAACUCGUUAAACGAUAUCAUCGGCAAGAUAAAUCAGAGCACGAAGGAAUGCAUGCAAUAUGUCGUGCAGAAAUACAUAGAACGACCAUUGCUCGUACAUAAAACGAAAGUCGACGUUCGACAAUGGUUUUUGAUCACCAGUACGCAACCUCUUGUUGUCUGGAUGUACAAAGACAUUCUGCUGCGUUUCGCGUCGAAAGAUUUCACACUGGAGAACUUCCACGAAUCUAUUCAUUUGUGCAACACAACCGUGCAGCUGAAGUACAGGAAAACAUUACGACCGAACUUACAAAUACCCAGCGAACUUCACUGGAAUCUUCAGAAGUUCAAAGAAUAUUUGAAAGCAACCGAUCGAGAUUCAGCUUGGGAUAAACUCAUCAAGCCGGGUAUAAAGCAAAAUUUAAUAGGGGCACUUCUAGCGUCUCAAGAAAACAUGGUGAAUCGAAAAAAUAGCUUCCAAUUAUACGGCGCUGAUUUCUUGAUAAUGGACGACCUCUCGGUCUGGCUAAUCGAGAUCAAUACGAAUCCUCGAUUGAAUCCUCCUAGCAGCACCGUUACAGGCAAGCUUUACCCUGAGGUUAUAGAGGAUACGAUGAAAGUGAUUAUAGAUCGACGCAAAAACAAGAAGGCCCCUCAUGGUAAAUUCGAAUGCAUUUUCAAGCAACGUCCCCCAUUUUACGGCAAUAUUUUAGGACAGGCGGCGAGUCUCGGAAUUCGAGGGAAAUCUUUGCUUUCGUCGCAGAAUUCAUUACGAAAACCGUAAAUGAUAAGAAGAAAUUCGUUCAUGUGUAAAAAGGAGAAAUAUGGAGGAAUAAAACAGUCGAAGGUUU